AUGUCUUCACCCCGCAGGUUGGGAGUAGGGAUCAUUGGGGCCGGUGUUUUCCAAGUGUGCCACGGUCCCUGUCUGCUGCUGCUCUCGCAUCUCUUCAAGAUCGAAUCCAUCUGCGACUUGUCAGCCAACACGGUUGACCACUGCGCAGCCAAGUUCUUCGUGCCCCAUAAGACCACCACGCCGCAGGAGGUAAUCGAUCAACUGAACGUAGAGGUGGUCUUCAUCCUCACCUCCGAUGACAGCCACGCGCCGCUAGCCCUUGCAAGCCUCAAGACCGGCAAGAGCGUCUUCAUCGAGAAGCCCGUCUCCUUGUCCCUGCCCUCAAUACAGUCCAUCAUCGAUGCCGAGAAGGAGGCGCCCGACGGAGCCCGCGUCUUCGUGGGCUAUAUGCGCCGCUAUGCCCCGAGCUACCUUCAGGCCUUUAAGCGCGAGAUUGCUACCAUCCCCAAGAUCCUCUACGCCCGCGUCCGCGACUUCAGCGGACCCAAUGCACAGUUUGUGAAUCAGAGUGGCACCUUCCAGGUCAAGAACCCCGACUGCCCUCCCAGCGCUAGCAAGGAGCGCACCACGCGUUUGGCCGCUCUCUUCGCGGAAGCGUUUCCGAACCAGGAGAUCACCGACGAGAUGAAGCGGUACUGCUGCUUCCUCGGCAGCUUAGGCUCCCACGAUAUCUCCCUCAUGCGCGAGACCCUGGGCUUCCCCGAAAAGAUCGACGGCGUGUCCGUCAACGACCCCUUUUACAGCGCUAUCAUGACGUUCCGCAACCAGGACGGCUCGGUCUACUCCACCACCUACGAGAGCGGUAUUGACGAGGUUCCCAUCUUUGACGCCCACAUCACCGUCUAUGGCGCCGAGAAGAGAGUGACCAUCAAGUACGACAGUCCGUACGUCAAGGGUCUGCCCAUUUACGUCGAGGUGGAGGAGCUUAAUGAGCAGGGCGAGAUUCAACGACGUACCAUGGUGUCGUCGUACGAGGACGCGUACACAGCUGAGCUCCAGGAGCUGUAUGAGGCCUUUGCCAACGGCAAGGCCAUCAAGACGUCGGUAGAGGACGCCAAGCAGGACCUCCAGAUCUACGACAUGAUGUACAAGAGGUGGGGUGUUAACUAG